AUGGAUAUUGAACCAUUUUGUGCAAAUAAACUGCAUGAUAUUCACACGGAACGUAACGCGACCCGUACUGAUUUGUCCAAAUGUAAGCUCACGCAAUUGGGUACCGAUUACAUGGGUUCGAUCACGACAACUGCUGGAGGAAUUCGAUGUCAGAUGUGGGAUUCGGAGAAACCUCUUCAUCAGGUUCACUCUUACUAUCCCGUCACGAUGUUUUCUCGGCUAUGUCUGAUCCAUAAAUUUUUACGGCCAACACUCAUCGUCAGCAAAUCCAUUACUGAUAAAGACUUUCCAGAAGGAUCUUUACGACUUGUUAGAAACUAUUGUAGAAAUCCAACCAAAGAUCCUAAAGGUCCUUGGUGUUAUACAAUGGACCCAAAUCUGAUUGACGACGAAUGCGAAGUGCCUCUGUGUAAUUUUGGAGGUGAAAAUUCAGGAUUUUAUCUGAUUUUGUUAUAUCUGAGCACUAUACCAAAGUAUCGCUUUCAACUUGGUGAUUCAUUUCAAUUAAUGCCGUAUUCAUUUCUUUUAAUCAUAUUUAUAGAAUGUAGAAUAUCAGGAACAGGUUCCGAGUACGGUGGAACUCGAGAGACGUCUUCCUCUGGUAGAAAGUGUAAUUCUUGGGACAAGCGUUUGAAAUUGGCCGUUAAUAAGACAGAAAAAUUCUCCAGCAAUCACUUCUCAGAUCUGUCCCGAAACAAGGCCAAAAACUUCUGUAGAAAUCCGGAUAGUAGCGCAGGUGGUCCAUGGUGCUACGUUGAUUCAGAAAGUUAUGACAUUGUAGAGAAAGAAUACUGCAGCGUUCCAUUCUGCGAUGACAAAGAUUGUCUGGUUUAUACUAAAAAUGCUUCGACGUACUCAAUUCUGACAAGCUUGAACAGCGCUUUUGGCAAUAUAACGUUCUUGGUCAAGCUUUGGGAUCCCGGUGAUGAGCAAAUAGGCCAGGCAAGAUUACUAUUGACUAAUCUACAAGUGCCGUCUUCAGCUGAGAUGAUCGCCCAGAAAUGGGGAGCAGGUGUCGAAAUUCUGAUAUCAAAUUCUGGAAGUGGGCAAAAAUAUCCACGCACUGAUGAGGAGAUAGAUUUUGAAGAGACUCCCAAUAUUCUCACUGGCACCAAAUGGACAACUCUCUGGGUUACUUGGGGUGGCGGUUUCAUCUCUGUUGGGCGUUCUGGUUCAUCGAAGCCUAUUUUCUUAGACGAAUUUAGACAGAAGAACACGAUAUCGAGCAUGUAUCCAGAAAGUUUUUUCCAGUAUGGUAUAACGGGCACGGGCAUUUUAUGGAGUAUGCCAUUCUGCGAAGCAACAUGUGAGGUUCAUACUACUUUUGGACUUGAGUUCCUAAGAAUUUGGCCCUUGUUGCAAAGUAACAGCAGUCAUGAUCUGCAAUUUCAAAUCAGAGCUAGUCACGGGGCAAUGAUACAACUGACGCAGACUCCCGCUGUUCCAUUCCCACGUUUUUUGGUAGUUUUGGGACAGUCUGGUUCUACUCUUCUCCUGUAUCAAGAAAAGGAAACUUCAACGAAAAAAAUUUUAUUGGACAUCGAAACUAAACAAAUCCUCAAUUUUUGGGCCUGGCAUGAAUUCACAAUUAGCAUUUUUGGUAUGGCAAUACAAAUGUUUUGGCAUCGGGAUUAUGGUAGAGAAAAAGUUUUCUCGAUUCAAGACGACGCCAUUCAGACUGUGAGGUGGUUCAGUAUUGGAAGUGAGAAUACCAUAGCAUAUUGGACACUUUUUUGUACUCCAACAGCAGAGAAUGCGGUCGAAGCUCCGUGGUUUCCAAAUUGCAUUUCUAAUUCAGCAGAUUCAAGAUAUGAAGGAUCCCAGUGGAUGGCUGAAGGCGAAGUUCCAUGCGUUCCGUGGAUAUUUGACAAGGUUCGUUUUCUUCUGCAAUUUAUCCCUAAAGAAGAUAGAGAAGAUGACCAUUUUAUCGAUGGAUCUGCACUGAAAGCACUAAAUAAAUGCAGGAAUCCCACAAAUGAUCCUGAAGGACCUUAUUGUUAUACACUACAGGAUUUGCAAAGCUCCGUUGAAAAACAGUACUGCUCCAUCAGAAAAUGUAGAUCUUCUGAAUGUCGAAUGGCUGGUACAGCCAAUGACUAUAUAGGAGUCAUGUCUGUAACCCGUUCCGGUCGUAAGUGCGCUAGGUGGUGGACAGGAUACAACCAGACAAAUGUUACGACUAAAAAAACACCCAGCUUCAAAUCUCUGAUGGUCAAAGCACUGACUAGUCUGAAAUUCAAGAGAGAGAAUGCGUUGGAAUAUAAAUUACCUGAUACGAUAAACGAACCUUGGGAUAAGAUUGGUCUUCGCUCUGGAUUGCCCAAGGAUUUUGACUUUGGGCACACACCACGACGAGUUGCCCGAAGUUAUAAACAGUCGGAAGUGGACAAACUUGUUACACCUCACGGACUUUCCAUAAAUUCAGACAGACACGGUACUCUGAAAUCAGUUGGAGAUGGUGAUUGGCUUCAGUCAAAUUCAAGCACUAGGCAGUUAUUAGCUAGAUAUAAUUUGUUUAACUUAAAUCGAAGGCUACUUCAAGAGCAAGAAACUUUAAAAAAGGUUAAUCUGCAUCCAAUAUUCAAUCCAUAUCAAGCAAUUCAGGAAAUAACCACCGAAUUAAAUGGAAAAGACGAAUUUUUCAAUAUGGCCCGAGAGACCGUUCCACAGGAAAACAUCUCAAGAACGACUUCGGAGAGUUCUAAUUCGAUAUCGACAAAUCCACCAUACGGUGAAACAUCGGAAGACAUCACAAUUUUUACAACUUCAAGCCCACAAUCAAAAACUGGUAGCACGGAGAAACCAUUCAGGUCACGUGAUCAUACGAAACCGAUUCAUCCAGUUGAUCCACUUUACCUAAACGACACGCUAUAUCCUGAGCAAAGUGUUAAAAGUGCAAUUAACUUCUGUCGAAAUCCUUCGCGUAAUAUAGCUGGCGCAUGGUGCUACACAACAGACCCGGAAGUACCACAAGAUCUCUGUAACGUCAGAGACUGUGAGCAGCCUGAAGAAUGCAUUUUCCUCGUUAGAGGUCACGGUAGUGGUAGACGUCUGUACGUCUUACCGGAUUAUCGUUCGGAAGGGCUUCAAUUUUCUCUCAAAGAAUGGGAACCCGAUCGUCCGGACUCGAUAACUUUUACGAUAUUAAGUGAAGACGAUGUGAAGUCCCGUUUUAUUCUGAAAGUUGGUGCCAUGAAAAAUGAGAAAGUACUCUUAUACUAUGAAACCGAAGGGAAGGAAAUGAAAUUAGUGAAAGAAAAGACGUUACCUCAUCUUUUAUACCUUGGAAAGUGGACUGGGUUCGUAAUUCGUAUGGAACGUGGCGGAGUAAAACUCUACUAUGAAGGUGCCCCGUUUCCAUUGUUUGAAUGGGAAGACCCGGAGCCUGCCAAAGCGUUCCUACCCGUUUAUUAUCACUACAGUAGUGAAAAAGGCAACACUAUCGGAGUUGCCUUCAAGUGUAACACAAGUAUAACCACCAUGUACAUAGAAUGUCACAUAGAAGAGACUACCACGGAUCGAUUCACGAGAAUACUGCCAAUUUCUAUUUGGGAGACUGAGGAAACGCCAAGUCCUCACAGACUGGUACUUAUGGUUCGAGGACAGGGAGUCAUACUGCUCCCUUUGUUGAUGCUGCCUACUAUGCCUGUGUACUACGCAUUGACUAUUGGUGAAAAGGGACGAUGGGUGUUUUUUAUGAAAAAUAAGCUUCCCGUCGUUCACGUACUUCACAAGCAAAAUGCAAAGGGACCAUUGUUCAAUUCCAAUACUUGGACCAAUUUGACGGUAGAGUGGAUCAGUUACAUGGGCCGCAAAUUGUAUACCAACAGGCACGUUCAUUUAUCAUUUUAUAAGCACGAUUGUAAGAAUCUACCACAGAAAUGCUCUUUUUACUCUACGUCCAAGUCUUCUGGUUAUCUUAUUCUCAUCUCUGCCAUUUCAGACAUCGACGGAUCUCCGGUGGAUGGUGGAUGGUCAGAAUGGGGCCCUUGGAGGUGCAGCGUUACUUGCAAUGGCGGGAUAGGCGUAAGAAAACGGAUAUGUAACGACCCUGAGCCGAACAUAAGGGGUCAGCCAUGUUUAGGACCGAGUACGUCAAGUGGCCGGUGCAACAUGAACAAAUGUGACGAUGUAACGGACGUCACCCUCGAAUUGGUAAAGAGAAAAAUCCGAACCCAGCAUACAUCAUUGAUCGUGAAGGAAGGUGAUGGUGUGAAGCUUUUAGCCGAUCCUGAUAUCGUUUCGGCAUUGAGAAAUGAAACGCCAAAGUCUGACAUCAAUUGGUCCCGCAAUGGAAUUUUUCUGGAAGAAGAAGAGGAUAGAAUCAAACUCGAAGAUACUGCAGUAUCUAUAUCUUACACAAUUGUGAAUGACUCGGGUGUAUACACGCAAACUUUGCACCGAUUGGAUGACUCUCACCUUAUUUUUAAAAUCAUUACGCUAGCGGUUAUUCCCGUCGUGAAUGAAAUUGUAACUCGAGAAACUUUAUCCUUUUCUAUGACUUGCCACUGCGUUGUUCUUGGAUACGUUUAUUCGGAUCUUAAAAUAUCUUGGAAGUUGAAUGGCCAAGUGUUUAAAGAUUAUGGAGUAUCAACCCCUGUUGCAGUAAAUGUAGAUCAUGUUCGUAAAGUCAACACGUCCCAUCGCGGAGAAUGGAGAUGCGAAGUUGAACAAAAGGACUUGAAUUUCAAGUGGACUACCAACGUGGUAAAAGUUCGAGUAUUGGGUCCUCCUAAUUGGCGCACUCAUUUGAUGGAGGAUGAGCUAACACGUCCGAUAUUCGGUUGGAUGCCGAACGAAAGUUUCGUCGCAUUCUCAGCAUUUCUAUUGACAUUUUUAAUAAUUGCGGCCAUAAUUGCGUCGACGAUUUGGUAUUUAAGGUAUUUUAAUACGUUUUCUGGAGAAUUGAACUGUAUAAUUAUUUAUAAUCGAUCGAAAUUCAACCGUAUUCUAACACACAGAUUUCGUGAAAGCCUCAAGUACAAAGAGCCACAGACAGAAAAGCUAAUUGGUAAUGAAGAAUCAGAAAGUGAAAAUCUAAUCGACGAUAAAAAACGGUGAAGCAAGGCGGUUCAGGGGCGAAGAAAAGUGCAGGAAAACGAUCGGCACAAAAAAGAUUUUCUGCCCUCUGCUGCAACGUCGCAUGACCAUAAUCUACGAUGUGCCGCUUGUCGUGCGUGUCUUAUAAGUUAUUUAUAACUGCAGUUGUAAUUAUAUGAGCGAUUUCCGAUCACGCAGCGGCAAAAAUAGAACUCGAUACGGCCGUAUUCGAUUUGUUUAUUUUUAAAAAAAGGAAAAAUAGUCACACC